AUAUUUGUUUGUUCAGGCCUUAAUCAUGUCGCUUUCACAGUUUCUUUUGAUUCAUUUAUUAAUUUUAUUAGUGUGUUCUGCGACGGCUACUAAGAAAAAUGUUUUACUUAUUUUGGUUGAUGACUUACGCCAUCUCUCGGACGAAAUGGUCAAUCUGCCUAAUGUAAAGAAACUUGCAAACGAGGGUGCUAAUUUCAAAAAUGCAUAUGCACAGCAAGCCCUCUGUGCACCCAGCAGAAACUCAAUGCUGACAGGCCGACGACCAGACUCCCUUCACCUAUACGACUUCUACAGCUACUGGCGGCACAUAGUGGGCAAUUUCGCCACCCUCCCACAAUUCUUCAAAGAUAACGGUUACGAAACUUAUUCUAUAGGAAAGGUGUUCCAUCCAGGAAUAAGUUCUAACUUUACAGAUGAUUAUCCUUAUAGCUGGUCGCAGCAACCUUACCAUCCUCCGACAGAGAAAUAUAAGGAUGCUGCUGUCUGCAAAGAUGAAGAAACAAAAAAGCUUCAAUCCAACCUCCUUUGUCCAGUAAAUGUUAGACAUCAGCCAGGUGGAACGUUGCCAGAUUUGCAGUCUUUGGGACAUGCUGUAGACUUUGUUUCAAAUAGGAAUAGCAGUCGGCCAUUUUUUUUGGCGGUUGGGUUUUAUAAACCCCACAUACCGAUUAAGUAUCCUGAAGAGUAUCUGGCAAAGAUACCAAUAGACAAAGUGCGACCCCCAAAACACCCAUUCAAGUCUCCUGACAUACCCUUGGUCUCCUACCAUCCCUGGACGGACGUACGGCGUAGAGACGACAUCGCAAGAUUGAACAUAUCAUUUCCAUUCGGCACCAUGCCUUAUGAAUGGUCUCUCAAGAUACGACAGAGUUACUACGCAGCUGCAACUUAUGUAGAUGAUCUGAUUGGUGAAUUAUUGAGUUAUGUUGAUAGAAGGAAUACUAUUGUCGUUUUGACGAGCGAUCAUGGAUGGUCACUGGGCGAAAAUGGCCUCUGGGCAAAAUACAGCAACUUCGACGUGGCUUUAAAAGUUCCUUUGAUAUUCUCAGCGCCAGGAAUACCUUCAAAGAACAUACAUACGCCUGUCGAGUUGGUAGAUAUAUUUCCUACUUUAGUAGAUCUUAGUGGCUUGUCCCAUAAUAUACCAAAGUGUAACAAGUUUGAUAAAUCUCUUCUAUGUUUUGAGGGUAAAAGUUUAAAACCGCUUAUGAUGGAUAGCUUUAAUACAUUUGGAAGCCAUUUUGCAAUAAGUCAGUAUCCGAGACCAAGUGUGUACCCUAAAAAGAAUUCUGAUAAACCACGCCUAAAAAACAUUAAAAUAAUGGGUUACAGUAUAAAAACAAAAAGAUUUCGGUACACAGAAUGGGUUUCCUUUAAUAACACAUUAUUUACAGUUGAUUGGAACAAAUUAUUUGGCUUAGAACUAUACGAUCAUUUGACAGAUCCUGAUGAAUCCAAUAAUCUAUAUUUGGUACAUAAAUAUAAAAAUAUUAAACAAUAUCUCUCUAGAUUGUUAAGAUCACAUGUUAACAGAUAUAAUACGAACUAA